AAAGAAAAGGGCGAAACUGAAUUUAUGUGAUGACUUAAGGGGCCAAAUUGAACCUUAUUCGCCGAGAAUUUUGCUCUUCUUCUUCAGACUUUAGUUUGUUGCUAAGAGGAAAUUAAAAUUAGUGACUUGGGAGUGGAAAUGUACAGUUGUGGAAGUGCAAGUGAAACCCUGCAAUGGAUAAACGCCAUUAUCGAAUUCAUAAAACCUUACUUGAAUUCGAUCAUAAACGCUCAUGUUGUCAAUUUCUUCAACGACAAACUUUGGGAAUCCAUUGAUCAACAAUGGAUUCAUUGCCUCCGUCAUGAACCUCUUCAAAAUCUUCUCCUUCUUCCCUCUGGUGUCUUUCAGGACCACUGGCCUCCUUCUCUUAAAGAAUUUGUAAUGAGCAUGAGGUCUCUCAUGUUUUCUCGAGAGCAGGUGGACUUGGCAAAGGUGUUGCCUGGACUGAACAUCACAUCGCUUAAUACUGUUCUUUCGCAAGGCAUGAAUAUGAAGAAAAAGCAUGAAGUAGAAGUUCUUUCCGCUGUUGUUAGUUCUAUUGCAAACAGUGUGAGUGCUCAAACAAUUGUUGAUGUUGGUGCUGGCCAGGGUUAUCUUGCACAAGUUCUUUCCUUCCAGUAUAAUCAUUCUGUAGUUGCUAUUGACGCUUCUUCUCAUCAUGGAAAGGUAACAGACGCACGUGCAGAACGGAUAAAGAAACAUUAUGCAGCUCAGAUGCGUAAAUCUGGUUCAGGAAACUCAGUUCCCAAUGUACCUAAGACAAUUACAUGCCGUAUUAUGUCCAACGACAUGUUGAAAGCAUUGACUAACAUGUCAGUUAAUGUGGAUGAAGUCGAGCAGCCCAAACUGAGUAAGCAAGAUUCGGAUGAUAAGACUUCAUUUGUACUUGCUGGAUUACAUGCUUGUGGUGAUCUUUCAGUAACAAUGCUGAAGACCUUUUUGGAGUGUAAAGAGGUCAAAGCAGUUGUUAGCAUUGGGUGCUGCUACAACUUGCUAUCAGAAGAAUGUUUGGAUGCUGCUGAUUCUCAUUGUGGUUUUCCAAUGAGUUCUGGUGUUAAGUCUGCAGGCAUAUCACUUGGGAAGAAUUCACGUGAUCUUGCUUGUCAGAGUGCGGACAGAUGGCGAAGUCUCGACAAAGAUGUUGGUCUUCAAAAUUUUGAGUUGCAUGCUUUUCGUGCUGUAUUUCAGAUGGUGCUUUGUAGAUAUUAUCCAGAUAUCAUCAAAGAAAGCCCCUCCAUUGGGCGCCAAGGAAAGGCCACUCGUCGUCAGCAUCAAAGAAGGGUCCUGCAUUCUGCUCUACGUUGUGGAAAAAAUGAUCUUUCAACUCUACCUCAUAGUACUUCUAAUUUGGAAGAAAGCUGUCUCUCUAUUCAGCCUACAGAGCCUAAAUUUGAUGACAAUUCAGCCUCGGAGUUGGGACUAGAUGCCUCAUUGUGCAAGGGGAUUAUGAGAUGCAAAGAAAAUGCUUCUGUUGACAAAUAUUUACUAUUUGAGAAAUUCAGUUUUGCUGGACUUUCUCGCCUUGGUCUCAAACCUUUGCCGGAUAUAGAUUUUCAUGAAAUAUGGAAGGAAGCUGAACCUUUUGCUGAGCUUAUAGGAGCAUAUUGGUCUCUCCGAGCUGCUUUUGGUCCCAUUCUUGAGACUCUUCUUCUGCUUGAUAGAUUAUUAUUCCUCCAGGAGCAAGGCAGUUUACUUGAAGCAAUGAUGGUCCCCAUUUUUAAUCCUGUAUUAUCGCCACGAAACGUGGCCAUAAUUGCUAAAAGAACUUGAUCUAGGGGUAUAGCAACAUUGCAUGAGGAAUGGUGACGAUAACAAACCUAUCCUCCCCCUUUGCACUUGCUUAAUACUACUGAUUGACGCACCCUAUACAAACAGGAGCAUAUAGGACUUAUUCGGUCUCUUGCCCCGCUCGAAUAGCACUUCUGCUUCAUCGAUUAUUCUUUUGCCAGCCGCAAGAUCCAGCGGUAUCGCGAAGAACUCGACCAUAAAUGCCAGCACUAUCUAUCCUAACUAAAUUGUUUUAUUCACUUGUUUUUUUGACUUGUAUUUUUUGAAUUGGUUCAGAACAUGUAGCAAUGCGAAUUUCUUUAGUAGUGCAGAUCGAAAUUUCGUCUUUCAGUCUGAUAAAUUUUCAGUUCAUGAUAUUUCUAUAAGCCCUUUACAUUUUUGAUGUUGCCCGGUGAAUUUGAUGCUAAUUUAUGUUGAAAAUUAAUGUGAUUGUAUUGGUGCCAAAAUCUUUAUGCA